AUGGCGGCGGCCAUGAAGCGGCGGCGCGGGACAGAGCCGGGGCCGGAGCCGGAGCCGGAGCCGGAGCGGGGCUGCCUGCGGGCCUGGACCGCCCACAGCCGGGUGCUAGUCGGGCGAUGGACGAUGGCGCGGUGCGGCGGAGAGGCGCGGCGGGCGCGGCGGCAGCAGCGAGACGAGUUCGGGGAACUGCUCCGGCGCAUCCGCGGGCUGCCGGCUGCCCUCCCUGCCCUGCCUCUAGAACUCACUGUCCUCUACAACUCCCUGCUUUUCACUGUGGGAGCAUCUGACUCUGCCAUCAAAAGAGAAGCAGAGGGAAUACGCGAGGGGCUUCUCAGGGUUCUGGAGGCUUGUGGGGCCUGCGGACAGGAUCUUGGCACGGAGGAGCUGUGGCAAAAGGUGCUGCAGGAGGUAACCGUGGAGGAGCUGCAGGCACCUCUGCACCGUCUGGGGGCCCUGCAAGCAGCCUGGUGGCUGGCAGCCGGCCGUCUGGGAAGUGUUGCUGGCCUGUUCCAGCUCCUGAGCACCGCUGAGGAGCCAGGAAGAUCUCACUGCAGUGAGGAGCAGAACAAGCUCCUCUCCCUGAUCAAAGCAUGGAGGGUCCCUCCUGAGGGGGCCUCCCUGCCCCUUGUACAGAGUGCCAAGGACUUGAAGGAGAUCCUCUGCACCACAGCAGCCUUCCUGCAAGGGCUGCAGGAGCUGGAGGCUGGGAACUUCCCCACCGCCCUUUCCCUCCUUCAGGAAGCUGCAGGAGGAUUCUGCUCCAAGAAGAUCCUGGCCCAGAUCUACACCUGCCUUGGCUGCUGCGCUCAGCGAAUGGGCAAGCCUCAGACAGCCCUUCAGCACCUGAAACGGGCCCUCCAGAUAGAUUUCCAGUGCCUUCCUGCCCUAUCCCACGCGGCAGCAGUGUACCACGAACUGGGAGAGACCGAUGUGGAGCUGCAGGCCCUGACCCUGCUCUACGAGGCUCUGGGAAAAAACCCUCCAGCAGCUGCUUCCUCUAGUCCCUAUUUCCUAAUGCAAACAGAGCUGCUUGUCCACACACCAGUACUCGCUUCUCUCCUUCGCCAUCACCACCCCUCUGAAGUGAAGUACCUGCUGGCACAGCGGUGUCUCCAGGAUGGGAGGGUGGCUGGUGCAGUGGAACAUUACCUGGAUUUUCUGUCUCUCCUUCAGGGAGGGCUGCAGCAGCAGGUGCCCCUGGAUGAUAGCUCAGCUGUGCCCAGGAUCCCAGAGGUGUUCCUGGAAGCAGCAUCUGCCUUGGGGCAGGCUGGGAGGCACCAGGAUGCCAUAACCGUGUGUGAGGAGGUCAUCAGCCGGACGACUGACCUCAUUCCACGGGUGUUACGAGUGGAGGCGAGGCUGGAGCAGCCGGAGUGCUCAUCGCCAGGGGCAGAACUGGCGGGUGGACUCCUGUCCCAGAAGAAGGAGAGUCUGUGCUGCCUUGCCUGGAGAGCAGCUGGAUACCUGCACCAGGGCUGGGCAUGGGCCAAGCUGGGCGAGAGCAAGGAGGCUGUAACACAGUUCAGCAGGUGCCUCAAUGAUCUCCUGCGUCUCCAGCUUCAUGGGUCUGGUGUCAAACCAACAGAGAAUCUCCCAGCCGAAGUGGAGGUGCUCCAGAAGAUCAGGUUGCUCUCUCUCAUCGGGCGAGGAACGCAGUUCUUGGAGCUGGGGAAGCACAAAGAAGCCCUGUUGGAUUUCCAGCACAGUUUGCAGAUCUCACCAGGCCCCUCCCUUUGUAUCUGGUUUCAUGUCUGGAGCAGGCUAUGUUCCCUCACAGUGAACCUCUUGCCAGAAGCAUCCAGGAUUACCUCGGGACAGCAGCCCAGGACACCUCAAGCUAACCUGGUCAUGCCCCCCAUACCUGCUGAGGUCUCCCUGCACUUGGCUGGUACAAGGCCUUUAAGGACUCCUUCAAGACUUAGAAUUACUCUAUGAUGAAGCUGGAUUCCCAAAGGACUGAAACAGAAUAGAUCUCCUUUUCUAAUAGAAAACUCAGCUCUGUUAAGCUUUGGGUUUUUCCAGGCCCUUUUUCCAGAGCAAAAUGUUGCAGUCAUGGCCUUGACUCCGCCUGGAGCUACUACAUGGCUGUGCCCUGGAUGUGUGAGAGAUCAAGGGCAGAGAUACCCUCAUCCAUCCAUCCUUUGUGCCCGGUGCACGGUGGGGCUGGCUCUGCAACUCGGGCUCCAGGGAGCUCGUGGUCUGUCC